GAUCGUUCGGACGCCUACUGUAUUUUACUAUACUAUAUUUAAAUAAUAAUUAUCAUUCGUCAUGUCCGGUCGCGGCAAAGGCGGUAAAGUGAAGGGGAAGGCAAAGUCUCGAUCAGCUCGUGCCGGUCUCCAGUUCCCGGUGGGCCGUAUCCAUAGGCUGCUGCGCAAGGGCAACUAUGCGGAACGCGUCGGUGCCGGCGCCCCCGUGUACCUAGCGGCCGUCAUGGAAUACCUGGCCGCCGAAGUGCUCGAGUUGGCCGGCAACGCGGCGAGGGACAACAAGAAGACCAGGAUCAUACCGAGACAUUUGCAGCUCGCCAUAAGGAACGACGAGGAGUUGAACAAGCUACUCUCCGGCGUGACCAUAGCUCAGGGAGGCGUACUGCCGAACAUACAGGCUGUGCUCCUGCCCAAGAAGACCGAGAAAAAGGCUUAA